AUGUCACUACCAAUUAUCCGAGUUCACUGGCUCAACGAGUCAAGAGCGUUUAGAGUAUUAUGGCUGCUGGACCAUUUGAAGCUUGACUAUGAGAUCAUCCCCUACAAGAGAAAUGAUGCUCAUCGUGCCCCUGAAGAACUCAAGAAGAUUCAUCCUUUGGGGAGAUCUCCAUUGGUCGAAAUAGAAGACAAGGAGACCGGCAAGAAGAAAAUUCUUGCUGAAUCAGGGUUUAUUUUUCAGUACAUUUUGCAGCACUUUGACAACUCCAAAUUACUGAGUAACGACAACUCAGAUAUGGCAGAAAAUAUCCAAUAUUAUCUGCAUUAUGUUGAAGGCUCUCUGCAGCCACCUUUGAUGAUAGAAUUCAUUCUGUCUAUGGCCAAAAGCGCCCCCAUUCCCUUUCCUAUCUCCUACCUGACAGGCAAAAUCACUGACAAGAUUAGCGAGAAAUAUUCUAAAGGAGAACUCAAGAAUCAACUGGACUUUGUGGAGGGCGAAAUCUUAAAAAAUAAGGGCUUCCUCGUUGACGGAAAAUUGAGUGGUGCCGACAUCUUAAUGAGUUUCCCCCUGCAGAUGGCGUUUUUACGUAACUUCGCUAAACAAGAGCAGUACCCCAACAUUAAGGAGUGGCUUGAGCGUCUUACGUCUCUGGAAUCCUACACUACGGCCAAAGAGAAGGCUAGUUCUUAUGGAGGAAAAUUUUGA